CACACUGUCAUAGUCGCAGGUGUAUUUUACGCGCGGAAUCCACAAGGGAUAAGCACGCACGUCGUCGCAGCCGUCGCAGGUCGCACGUACACUGAGUACACUAGCAACGCUUGACGCAUUGAUGUUAAUUUUUGUGUUGUUGCCGCGUUUUAUUAUUGAAGUUAUCAUUAGUGUUACGUGUCAGUAGAUAUAAUAAUUUAAUUUUUGUUGUCAAGUUUAGUCCUGAAAGUGGGAGUGGUUCCUGAAUUAUUCAACGCCAUAACAAAAAUGCAGAGGGACAUAAAAUCAUACUUUAAAGUGUCAUCCCGAGGAUCGACUGAUCCAAAAAAAUCCAAAGCAAAGAACAACUCAAUACUCUCCUCUGAUGAAGAUGAAAAAAAGCCGAAAACUUCGAGCAAAGAUACUAAAACUUCGAAAAGAUCCACAAAAACUGUUAUUUUAAGCGAUUCUGAAGAUGACACUCCAAAAAAACGCAUUAAAAAGAAUUCGCCUGCAAAGGACCAAAAGAAUGAAAAAACAAUGAAAAAAGUGUCGCCUUCCGAUUUUUUCGGCAAACGAACUGCCAAAAGAGUAACACAAAAUUCCAUUGCCAAAAAUCUUCUGAAAAAGGAAACUGAAUUCCAUGACGAUAAAGAUUUUGAAGAAACUCUGUGCCAAUUAGACACCUCAAAGAUAGAAACAGAGUUUCUGAAAAUAGGUUCGGACAAUACUAAAUCCCAUGUAAAAAGGGAGCAAGUCAAUCCACCUGAAGAGAAUGUACAAACGAAAAAAGCGCGACAAGACAAGGGUUCAAGCAGUGAGCAGAAAAACAACAGCCCAGAGAACAUGGAUAAAAAGACCUCUCUGCUAGAAGGUGAAAACGAAUCGAAAUUCACAAAAGUUGCAACUCAUGAAAAAAAACUGAAUUUGAAAAGCUCAAAGAAAACGACAGAUAUAGUUUUCGAAAAACACGAACCUAAAAAGAAGGAAAAAGAUUCGGGUACCAUCGAUGUUUAUGAGGAACGUAUUGAGAAAAAGAAACAGCGAGCUGUUCUGUAUAAUAACUAUUUGCAGAGAGGAGGAGCUCGUAACCCGGGCUCUAAACCGAUUCCUGAUGGUGCCAGCAAUUGCUUGGCUGGUCUCACAUUUUUAAUUACGGGUGUUCUGGAAUCGCUCGAACGUGAGGAAGCUGAAGAACUGAUACAUAAAUAUGGAGGCCGAGUAGUCAAAUCUUUGUCGAAGAAAACGGAUUACAUGAUAGUUGGCGACGAACCGGGAGCUUCAAAAUUAGAAAAGGCCGCGACCCUUGGAACUAAACAAAUAUCCGAGGACGACCUUUUGGAUCUCAUCAAAACAAGGCCUGCUGGAAAAUCCAGCGUUGUUCUUGCUUCACCCCGAAAUACUCAGAGACAUAGAAAAAGAUCAAGAUCCCCAGAGAAAACUGACACGAGUCCGAGCCCAAAAAAAAUUUGUACCCUGAAAGAAACGAAAACUUCUCCUCAGGAGGAAAAACCAAGCAUACCUAAAGUUCCAGAAUCUUCGGGUGAAAGUUCGAAAAAAGAAGUGACAACACUUUCAGAACCUACGAGUGUUACUGAAAAUUCACAGUUGCAGACCAACGUUCAACAAAUCGCCUUGGUUGAAAAAUACCGGCCGAAAACUAUGAACAAAAUAAUUGGUCAACAUGGUGAUAAAAGCAACGCGAAAAAACUUCAUACCUGGUUGAAAAAUUGGCACAAGAAUCAAAACGGAAGCGUCAAAGUCAGCCGUCCAAAUCCAUACGCUAAAAACGAUGACGGUGGAUUUUUCAAAGCGUGCCUCUUGUCUGGUCCACCAGGAAUUGGUAAAACAACUACCGCCCAAGUUGUUUGUGCUGAACUGGGCCUUGACCUUCUUGAAUUUAAUGCCUCCGAUACGAGGAGUAAGAGACUGUUGAAAGAAGAAGUUUCUGGAAUUCUGUCUAACAAUACCGUAACGGGAUAUUUCUCAGGAACCUCGAGUAAAAAAUUAUCAAAGAAUCACGUAUUACUAAUGGACGAGGUGGACGGUAUGGCUGGGAACGAAGAUCGUGGCGGUCUCCAAGAGUUAAUAGCAUUGAUAAAAAGUUCCGAUGUUCCCGUAAUUUGUAUAUGCAACGAUCGAAACCAUCCAAAAAUGCGAACCCUCGCGAAUUAUACUUUCGACCUUCGCUUCCAAAAGCCUCGAGUCGAGCAAAUAAGAGGAGCUAUGAAAUCCUUGUGUCACAAGGAAAACAUUAAUGUUACGACCGAAGAAAUCGACCAACUGAUACAAUCGACAAAUCAGGAUGUUCGACAAGUCAUCAAUCAAUUAGCGAUGCUAGGAGCUUCGUCAAACCUCGCGGAAAAAGGAGAAUCAAAAACAGAGAAAGCCAAAAAGGAUUUGAGGCUCGGACCUUGGGAUGUAAUACGCAAAGUCUUCAGUGCCGAUGAUCAUAAACACAUGAGCAUACACGAUAAAAGUGAUUUGUUCUUCCACGAUUACAACAUCGCUGGCCUCUUUGUUCAGGAGAAUUAUCUCUCUGUAACACCUAAUGCUCCUAAGGAAGAAACGUUGAUAAGAAUAGCACGAACCGCCGACAGUUUAGCGAUGGGAGAUUUAAUAGAGAAUGCUAUACGCGGAAAUGGAGCAUGGUCGCUGUUACCCACUCAGGCGUGUUUUUCUUCAGUGAUACCGGGCUCUCUUAUGUCCGGUCGUCUCAAUGCACAAGCCAAUUUCCCGUCUUGGCUCGGACGAAACUCGAAGCGCGGAAAAUUCGAUAGACUAUUGCAAGAAAUUACGGUCCACACUCGACUUGCUACUGGCGCUAGUAAAGAAUCCAUCAACAUCGAUUACUUGAAACAACUCAGAGAUACCAUUCUUCGGCCCCUGGCGCUUCAGGAAAAUGACGGCAUUGAUGAAGCUCUCAAGGUCAUGGAUAGUUAUCACUUACUCAGAGAGGAUUUAGAAUCUCUCGUUGAAGUCUCCCUGUGGCCAGGACAGCGUGAUCCGUGGCAAGCCAUAGACAGCAAGGUAAGGGCUGCAUUCACAAGAGCUUAUAAUAAAUCCUCGGCCCCGGCACCUUAUUUGAUAAACGCUGGGCCCAAGAAGAAAAGCAAUCAAGCCUCGCAGGACGAAGGCUUCAUGGAAGACGAAAACGAGGAUGAGGUUUCUGAUGAAGACCAAAAUGAUGUGGACACUGACAAAAUGAUCAAGGCCAAGAAAACGACGGCAAGCACCAAAACCGCAUCUACGAGUAAAACUGAAGGAAAAACAACAAAGCGAGGGCGCGGGCGUGGCAAAGCCAAGUAACUUUGCACCAUUGAUUUGCUUUAACUUGCGUUUUUUAAAUCCCUCAUGGCAUUCAUCAAAGUUCAAUUCAUGCAUUUCUAGCUCGUUGAGUAUAAAAAAAAAAGCAAAUCGGUCGCGUUGAAUCAUGAAUGAAAAUUGGCAUUAACUCAACGAUAAAAAAAUCCUAACAAAUAAUAAUUAUUCCAUUUUCGUCCUUCGUCGUCAUCCAAAACGAUUCAAGUGGAAAUCUCAAUAAAACAUACGAAUCUCGUCUCGAAAUAAUUUUUCAAGCAUGUACAUUUACCAUUGCCUAUUUUCUAAGGAACUUCUGUCGUCUUAUUUGACGAUUUAUUAACUUAAUUCCGAAUGAUGAAAAUCUUUGUACAAAUCCCAUCACGUUAGUGUUAGAAAUUUUUGUCGAUUCAACGGUGAUUUAACGUGUCAUCUUAUGUGAUCUGUGACCGUGUAUUAUUAAUUUCCUAAUAAAUCGAUCAUUUUCGUUUUUC